AUUUUAAUUAAAUCAUUAAUCGACAAAGUAUUCAAAGAACGUUUUAAAUAUCAGAAAAAUCAAACCAACUGUUUAGAAACAAUUUUAGAGUAUAAAAAAGCUUUCUCAUUUUUUGAUGAAAAUGAUGAUGGACAAAUAACGUUACGAGAAUUAGAAUCUGCAAUGAAUCGAUGUGGACAAUAUCCAACUAAAUUGGAGCUGAAAAGAAUAAUGAUUGAAGCCGAUAAAGACAAAAAUGGUGUCAUCACUUAUGACGAAUUUGUUACGUUAAUGAAGGGAAAUGAAAACCGAACAAAAUUUUCUAGUGAACAAAUUCGUGAACAAUUUGAUCUGUUUGAUAAGGAUAAAGAUGGUUUCAUCGAACGUGCCGAAAUGACCCAAAUAGUUCAAGAGUUAGCCUUAGACAAUAUGUUUCCUGAAAAUGUCAUUGACGAAAUGUUUUUAGAAGCAGACGUCGACGGCGAUGGAAAAAUUAGCUUUGAAGGUUAA